UUGUAAUUUCCAAAUUUUUUAUUAGGAAAUAUUAUAAUCAAAUGUACUUGAAUGGCGCAGAUAUUAGAAACUUUGUUCUAACCAUUAAAAAUUCACCACAUAAGCGGAAUUUUUAAUCCGUAUAUAUCUAUAUGGAGGAAAUUAAGAUAAUACCGAAAAAAAGGUUAAACUGGAAUAAAAUGAGCUUUUAUAAUGGCAAACAAAAUAAUUUCAAUUCCCCGAUUCUUAUCAUCAUCAUCAUCAUCAAAAAUUGACGAGGAUGAUUUAAGAAAUCAAGUACUUAAGAAUGCAAGUGGAGAACAACGGGUCGAGGUUAAUCAAAGACACUUGAUUGAUAAGAUUUUGGCUCGAUACUCUGCCAAAUUUGUAAUAUUUCGGGAAUUGAUGCAAAAUUCUGAUGAUGCGAAAUCAACAAAAGUUCAAAUAUUUUAUGAAACCGCAAAUCCUGGAAAGGAUAUAAAGUUAAAGGACAAAAUUGCUAGAAUAAAAUAUAAGAAUAAUGGAUUUAUUUUUAGAUCUGAAGAUUGGGAUCGAUUAAGGAAAAUUGCCGAAGGGAACCCUGAUGAACAAAAAAUAGGAGCUUUUGGUGUGGGUUUUUAUUCAUUGUUUUCAAUUUGUGAAGAACCAUUUGUUACUUCUGGUAAACAAGGAAUGACAUUUUAUUGGCGUGGAAAUCAAUUAUUAACAAAACAAGCACGAAUUAAUAAUGAUGAUAAAGUUUGGACGACAUUUUUAUUGGAUAUGAGAGAGAAGACUGAAGAGUUUCCAGAAAUCGAUGAACUUGCACGAUUUUUAGCCAAUUCAUUGGGAUUUACCGGGAAUCUUAAUGAAGUAACAGUGUAUUUUAAUAAUAUACCGGUAAUAGAACUAUCAAAGACAAUACAAAAUUCGGUAUCGAUGGGCAUAUCAUCCGAGUUUGACACAUAUUCUCCACAAAAGAUGUUUCAUCUCACAUCAAUAGACGUCAAGGAUGUCCAACUAACCGUUAAGAAAUUAAUUAUUCCAGAAAACAUGAAUGACUGGCGUUCUUUACCGAUCACUAAUUUUGAAAUGGAAGAAGUAUUUGUAUCUCUUAAAAUUGUUAGUGGAAAUUUAGAUGUUAAAGUUAGCAAUGCGUUUUCUAAUGAAAUGGAACGAAGCACUAAAAAGAAACCACCAAGUAAAACGACAAUUCAAGUAAUUUAUACUGGAUAUGAUGAACAUAUGUCAUCUGUGAAUCAUGAAAAUAUUAUUUCUUCAAUAUUUGAAGAUUUACAUCCAUUUCCAAAUCAAGGAAGAAUAUAUAUUGGAUUUCCAACUCAUCAGACUACUGGAUGUUGUAUUCAUUUAGCAGCUCGCGUAAUUCCUACUGUGGAGAGGGAAUCAAUUGAUUUGGUGGAUAAAACUUUGUCUAUUUAUAACAGCGAAUUGUUAAGUUUAGCUGGCACAUUAUGCAGAGUUUUAUAUGAUCGUGAGAUGUCUUCUUUAACACAACUUUAUAAUGAUAUGAUUAAUGUAUCUAUUACUAAUACUGAAGAACAGGUUAUUAAAACUUUUCUUCAAUGGCUUGAAAAUCAAGCAGAACAUGCUUUGACACAUUUUACAUUUAGAGAGAGUACACCAAAUGCGGAAGUUAGCAGAAUAUUGGAAUCACAAUUUUUCAAAUGUUCAAAAAAAAUUUUAUCAAUUUAUUCAACAAAUGGUGUUCUACCAAUAACUGACGUUCGUAUUCCUAAUCCGGAAAUGGAACGGUUUAUAAAAACUGUUCCACUUGUUCCAAAACUUAUGUAUGAUCGAUGUAAGAAAUUUUUCAUGAAAGCAAAGGAUUCAUUGAAACUUAUAAAAGAAUUAUCCAUUAAAGAUGUUCUGUUUGAAUUGAAAAGCCGAUCUCUCUCCGAAGAGGAAAUUGUCGAUCUUUUGAAAUGGUGGAUUUCUUAUAGGUCAAAAGGGAAUAAUGUUGAUUCAUUGGACGUUAAACAGUUUAUGCAACUUGCACGUAUUGGCAAUAAUUCUCAACCUUUAAAUACUAUUCAUUAUUUUUUGAAUCCAGACAUAGUUCCAUCAAAUAUGGAUAUUCCAACUGAUGUAUUGCCAUAUAAUAUAUCCAAAAAUUUCACUAAUAAUAAAGAUCUUGAAACAUGGUUUAAAUGGAAAGAACUAUCUUUGGUUAAUUGGGCAAGAUUUAUUGUUGAAAAGCCUGAUUUGGAGCGUGAUCCUAAUUUUGCUAGAGAAGUUCAUAUUACAUUGGCAAAAAGGUUGAGCAAUAUUUCGCCAAAUGAUAAGAAAAUAAUUUGUCAAUUAUUCGAAAAAAAGAAAUGCAUUCCAACUAAAUUUGGAAUGAAGAUUCCAGCUAAUGCUUAUUUCCAAGAUGUUAAUUUACUUCCUGAUUUACCAACGAUUGAUUUUCAAGAACCUUCAAGUGUUCAAUCUUUAAUGGAACUUUUGGGCGUUCGAAAAAUUGUUGAAUUACAACUCAUUUUUGAUCAUCUUCUUAAACAAGGAGAUGGAGAUCAUAUACAACUUGUAAAAUAUCUUUCUUCAAAAUUUAAUGAUCUCAAAGAAAAUGAAAUAAAAAUAUUAAAGAAAAAACCUAUCUGGCCUAAAGAAAAUUUUUCGGAAUCAUCAAAAGAUCGUUACGUUGCCGAUCAAUUGUAUACACCUAUACCAUUACAUCGUGAAUUUGGUUUACCUGUUAUUGAUUGGAAAGGAGAUUGGAAUCGUUACACGCAAGAAGGAACAUUUUUAAUUGAACUGGGUUUAAGGGAAUUUCCUGAACUUCAAAAAAUUCUAAAACUGUUAACACCACAAAAAGAUCCACAAAUUCGUGCGAAGGCUUUUAAAUAUUUUGCUCUUAAUUUUAAAGAAAGAUAUUCCAAAGAUUACAAAUCAACUGAAAUCAAUGUCGCAUUUUUGCUAUGUAGCUCAGGUGUUUAUGCGAAACCUACAGAAUGUUAUAUUAAUCCUGAAUGUAUGAAAAUGAAUUUUAAUGUUAUACAUCAAGAUUUAUUGUUUUACUCAGAACAAUUUGGCGUUCAAGAAAAUCCUAGUCAUGAAAAACUCUUAAAAAGUUUGAUCGAUCAUCCGCCGCGAGAUAUAAAUAAGGCAAAAGAAAUUUUUGAAUAUUUGUUUUUACAAGGAAAUUUUACAUCUUCUGAUUGGAAAAUUCUUGGUGAUCUUAAUUUUAUCCCAGUUAAAGAUAGAACUAAAUUUAAUGCAAUCACUCUUAAAAAUCCACGUAGCUGUUUCCUUAAAUGCACAGAAUAUGGUCUGAGAGAAUUCUUUACAUAUGUUAAUUUCGGAGAGAAAGCAAAUGUAUUUCUUCGAAGUUGUGGUGUUAAGAGUGAACCAUCUACGAUAGAAUUUGCUGAGUUAUUGGUGAAAUCAUCACGUGAAUUGUGGAAUUCUCUUAAUUCUUCUGAUGAUGAUAGAUAUUCAAACAUUUUAUCUAGGAUUGCCAAUGAAAUUACUACUAUAGAAUAUAACGAACCAGGUUUAUUUAGGGAUAUGAAAAGAGAGCCUAUUUUAAUAGGUAUAAAGAAAAUCUGUGAUGGUGAAAGAGUUGAUCAGAAACAUUUGGCUUCAGCAAAAGAAAUUUUUAUAAAUGACGAUCCAGGAUAUCGUCAAAUCUUUAAACCAUUGAUAGCUCCAGAAGAUAUUUCAUUGGAAAGAUUCUAUAAGAGAUUGGGAUGUAGAUCGUUACAUGAAUCAGUAAAAGAGACUGUAAUUCCGAAAGGUGCUAUUAGAGAAACCGAGGUUUCUGUAAAGAUAAGAAAAACAAUUGAGGAAAGAGCAAAUUUAUUUUAUUAUGAUAAUUCUAGAACGAAUAUCUUGAGAAAUGAGAAAUGGCUUGAAAGGUUAAAAGUAAGAACAGUUGACCAAAUAGAAACAUGUCAUAAGUUAGAUAAUAAUAUUCAGAUUAGAAACGAUUUUACUACCGCUUGUGUACUUGAAAGUGCAGAAUUAAAUUCAUGGGUACUUUUUAUAACACCAAAUCCAGAUUAUCUUGAUAUUUCAUCAUAUAUAUGCAAACAUAUUUUUAAAUCAUCUAAAUUGAAGGAAUAUUCUCAUUUUAAUAUUAUCUUAACAACACCUUCUUUAUCGAGUUUAGAAGCUAAGGGAAUUCCAGUUGAUCGUUUAUUAAGAUCUAAUUCAUCACAGAAUGUUGUUAAGCAAUAUAGUCAAAAACCAGCCGUAAAGUCACCAGUUGUUAUAACUCCUCAAAUUACUCUAAAUUUACGAAAUUCUUUACGUGAUGCAAUAAAAACUUGCCAUUCUAACCUUGGAAGUACUAUUAAUAGUCAAGCUUGUACUAAGGUUGUUACAGAAAGUGAAUCGAGUUACUGUGAUAUUAUACCUGGUCAUUUAUUAUUCUGUGUUGGAAAUGAACAGGGUAUUGAACUUUAUGAUGCUAAAAGUGCUAAUCAAGCGGAUAUCUUAUCAUCAUCAAAUCGUGCUCCGUUAAUUCGUUUUCUAAUUAUGUUAAGAAAUAUUGCGAGUGUUUUUGACCUUGAAUUACGAGCCAUUCAUGUAUUUUAUGAUAAUUAUACGAAUAGUGUUGCAUUUAAUCGUGACAGAUCAUUAUUUUUUAAUUUAAAAUUUUACAUUGGAUUACAUGGUGAAGAAUGUAAAACUAAAUUUACAAGCAACGCAAUGACUUCUUGGUAUAUGACAUUUUGUCACGAAUUGGCACAUAAUUUUAUUCAAUCUCAUAGUUCUGAACAUGAAUAUUAUUUAUCAUCAUUCGCAGAAAAUUAUAUGCCAAAAUUUUUAGCAGUAUUGAAAAAACUUCAAAUUUAGAGGAAUAGUUUUUCAAGGGGUCAAUUGUUAGAUAGUGACAAAAGUAAAUAUAUGCGUGUGAUUUAUUAAAGCUAAUUUUGUAUUGUGUUGUGAGCCUAUUUUUUUGUGAAUUAUUAGAGAUUUAGAGAUUCUGUGGCACUUUUCAUAAAAUUUUGCGAUAUUUAUUGUAAUUUAAUAUAAUUUUAAUAAACUAAACUUUGCCAGAAUGGUUU